CACAUUCUGCUCUAAUUUUAUAAAGCACAUGAGCGACAGCGCUCGACAGACACCUUUUGGUCUCAGGCUGCGAACAGGCUGCUAUGCUGCAGUACAGAGGAGUCAGAGAGGAGAUUUUUGUCAACAUGGCUGAACGCUGCGACUGCACAGAGUGCAAGGAAUCCUUAUACGGCCAGAAAUACAUCCUGAAGGAGGAGGACCCGUACUGCACCAAGUGCUACGAGGCACUUUUCUCCCACAACUGUGAAGGGUGCCAGACGCUCAUUGGCUGCACCAGCAAGGAUCUGUCGUACAAGGAGCGCCACUGGCACAGCGAAUGCUUCCUCUGCGUCACGUGCAGCCGACCUCUGGUGGACCGGCCCUUCGCCUCCAAGGAUGACAUGCUGAUGUGCACCGACUGCUACAGCAACAAGUACUCUGCCAAGUGCAACAUGUGCCUGAACACCAUCAUGCCAGGCUCUAAAAAGAUGGAGCACAAGGGCAACAGUUGGCACGAGACCUGCUUCUCCUGCAACCGCUGCCAGCAGCCCAUCGGCACCAGGAGCUUCGUCCAGAAGGACGCCAGCAACUACUGCAUGCCCUGCUACGAGAAGCUGUUCGCUCUGCAGUGCGUCCACUGCAAGAAGCCCAUCACCACUGGAGGGGUGAACUACCACGACCAGCCGUGGCAUAAGGAGUGCUUCGUCUGCAUCGGCUGCAAGGAGCAGCUGGCCGGCAAGCGCUUCACCUCCCGGGACGACUUCACCUACUGCCUUGACUGCUUCUGCAACCUGUUUGCCAAGAAAUGUGCCUACUGCACCACCCCCAUCAGCGGCCUCGGCGGGAGCAAGUACAUCUCGUUCGAGCAGCGCCAGUGGCACACCAAAUGCUUCAACUGCAAAAAGUGCAGCGUGUCCCUGGUGGGCCGGGGUUUCCUGACGUGCAAAGACAACGUCCUGUGCCCCGACUGCGGCAAAGACUUCUGAGUGAACUCCGGAGCUGGAGGAGCCAAUCAGAGAGCAUUAGUACUAUUCUCCUAACCCGAUCUUUGUUGCCUUAUCUUGCAUCAUUUAGAGUGUGUUUUUCUGCAUGCGCUGAUGAUCCUGUGUUUUAUAUUAAUCAGCUGAAGCCUUCAUUCCAAAAUGCAGUUUUUCCUGUUUUAUUAGUUUCUUCAAAUCUUUAAAUUGUAUAUCCUCAUUUGGAAUGAACGUUUAUAAGUGGCAUAAAAACAGCCAAUAUUGAUAGAUAUUAAGAUCUUAAAAGCUCCUAAAGUUGUUUUAAUUGAUGGCACUCUGGUAUCAAUUUCUCUUAACAAAGUCGACUACUAAUCCAGUUUCUUCUAAUUACAUACGUUCUCUAUGAUAGAAUCUAAUCUGUUAGGCACAAUAAAGAUUUUUUGAUUUGA